CUCUCUAGAACAAGACUCAAAUGACCAAAACCCGGAUUCUCAACCCGACCCAAUUCCCUUCUCCCAAACCCUUACGUGGCGGCGGCGACGCUAACUUCAUGGAACAGCUCCUCCUCCACUGCGCUACCGCCAUAGACUCCAACGACGCCGCAUUGACUCACCAAAUCCUCUGGGUGCUCAACAACAUCGCUCCACCAGACGGUGAUUCCACACAACGAUUAACCUCCGCCAUCCUCCGCGCGUUACUCUCACGCGCCGUCUCCAAAACCCCUACACUAUCAUCCACCAUUAGUUUCCUACCUCCGGCCGACGAAAUCCACCGUUUCUCAGUCGUGGAGCUAGCUGCAUUCGUAGACCUCACUCCUUGGCACAGGUUCGGAUUCAUAGCAGCCAACGCGGCGAUCUUGACCGCCGUGGAAGGUUACUCAACGGUUCACAUCGUUGACUUAAGUUUGACUCAUUGUAUGCAAAUUCCUACUCUCAUAGACGCCAUGGCAAGACGACUCAACAAACCUCCUCCGCUUCUUAAACUCACCGUCGUCUCUUCCUCCGACGACUUCCCACCAUUCAUCAACAUCUCAUACGAAGAACUCGGAUCCAAACUCGUAAACUUCGCCACCACACGAAACAUAACAAUGGAGUUCACAAUCAUACCUUCUACUUACUCCGAUGGCUUCUCUUCUCUACUCCAACAAUUACGUAUCUACCCUUCUUCAUUCAACGAAGCUCUCGUCGUCAACUGCCACAUGAUGCUCCGUUAUAUCCCUGAAGAAACCCUAACUUCAUCAUCAUCAUCUCUCCGAACAGUUUUCUUGAAACAACUCCGAUCUUUGAAUCCAAGAAUCGUAACCCUAAUCGAAGAAGACGUAGAUCUCACAUCGGAGGGUUUGGUUAACCGGUUAAAAUCGGCGUUUAACUACUUCUGGAUCCCGUUUGAUACGACGGACACGUUUAUGAGCGAGCAGAGACGGUGGUAUGAGGCGGAGAUAAGUUGGAAGAUAGAAAACGUGGUGGCGAAGGAAGGUGCGGAGAGAGUGGAGAGGACGGAGACGAAGAGACGGUGGAUAGAGAGGAUGAGAGAAGCUGAGUUUGGUGGAGUUAGGGUUAAGGAAGAGGCGGUGGCUGAUGUGAAGGCGAUGCUGGAGGAGCACGCCGUCGGGUGGGGAAUGAAGAAGGAAGACGACGACGAGAGUCUUGUGCUGACGUGGAAAGGUCAUAGUGUUGUGUUUGCUACCGUUUGGGUUCCUAUUUAAAUUGGGUUGAUUUGGUUUAAUUAGCGUUUUAAUUGGAUACUAGUAGAUUAGCAUUGCUUUGAUUUCUGAUCUAAUUACAAUUUUAUAAUAAUUGUUUUAACUUUUU